CAAGGGUACUACCUCCCCCGCGACGCCUGAGAGCAAGUUUACACCUCGCAAGAGUGGCAACGAACUUGAAGAGAUCAAGGAUGUCACCAACGAUGAAGAUCUGAUCGAAUUCUCUCCUGCGAAGCCUGAGGAGUUGUCAAAGCUUUCUGAUACGGGACUCAAUGUCGCUUUUAAGGCUAUGCCCGAAGAUACUUCCAAGGAACCGAAGACCCCCAAAGAGCCGAAACCUUCAUCGCCAGUCAAGGCGAACGAUGGUUAUCCUACCCCUGAGCCUUCAGGUAUCUUCUCGAGCCCUCCGGGAGAUGAAAAUUCGUCUUAGACAUGCCGAGGACGAAGCACGAAGACUAGGCACCGAACGCAAUCGCCUAGCCAGAGAAAACGCAGCUUUGCACCUACGACUUGAACGCAAAAUCGAUGCUCUUGAACAUAAUCUGGACCCAACCUCUGAGCAAGCUCCCAACACAACUACUACCACCACAACCACUGUCAAAACAUCAUAUCCCACACCAAUCAGCACAAAUAAAACAAAAAAUCCAAACAAAACACGUCCUUCCGACAUCAUCACCUCGUUAGAGAACUUAUCUCCACGUCUCCUGACAGGCGCCCUGCCUACAGGCGGAUUGAAAACAGGCGACUGGGCGACCAAAUUCGACCCUCAUGAGUUGCUCAAGAGAAUGAAAGGGGCUGGCUCACCAUUUAGCCCCGCCCUUGCACCCAUGAAAACACCCUUCCCUCCCUUCAAGCCAUUCGAGCCCUUGACCGCCGAAGGACGUCGCCGCGCCGCCGAACGUCUGAUCGACGCUCCAGAUCACGAAAAGAUGUUACAAGAACAACGCGCAGAAAUGGCGGCAUACAGAGCUGCGAGAUACAAAUUCGAUGAAGAAAGGAGCGAUGCUUAUGCACUUGCUUACACGAGACUCAGACCAACAGUCAACAUCCCCGUCCAAGAAGCUAUAAUCAGGCGGAAAAUCGAGGAAACCAAGGAACGUCGUCUUUCGGAAGAACGUUCGAGUUCUGUGAGUAAGCCGAGUAGUGAGAGUAGUGAGGGGAGUUUGAGCAGUGGGGAGUGGCGUAGGAGGUUUAAUGCUACGCCUACGCCGUUGCCGAGAAAUUCUGGACGUCUCAUGCCUAGGGAUAGAAGUCGCAGUCGCAGUUUCUAGUCCACCGACUUGGACGAUCACUGUCAUUUCAGCGCAUCACACACAUAUCACAGUCAUUUCAGCACACUUUACGAAUCCACG